AUGAAUAAGAAAGUGUGUGAAAAGUUUAUGAAUAUAUGGGAGGAUUUCCCCGAUACAUUGACCAAUGAUAGAAAGUAUCAAUUUAAAGAUAAAACAUUUUUAAAUAGUUAUUGUGGUAGUUAUAGUUGUGAUACUGAUCUCCAAAAAAUGAAUGCUGUAUUUUUUUAUUUGGUUAAUGAAUUCUUUGGGCCUUCUGGUGUGUUUAAGAAUAAUGAAAAAAGUAAUAUCAAUGCUGUUGAAUACAUUAUCAUAUGGUUAAGUCAUAUGUUAAACCUAAAGGAUAGCACAGGAAACAUUCUAACAAAUUUUUAUAAAAUAUAUAUAAAAAAUCAAGAAAAGUAUAAAAAUACUAUAAAUGGUGUUGAAGGUUGUAAUAAUUAUGAUGAUCUUAUAUAUAAAAAAAAUGAAUUGAUGAAUAUUACUAAUGAAAAAUUGUCUAAAUUUUAUGCUCCAUUUAAAUCAUUAUGUAACAUGUAUAAUGAAUUUAAUGAAAACAAGAAAGAUUGCACAAACUGUUUGAAUGAUGCUAAAGAAUUUGUUGAAAAUUUUAAUGAACUUAAUAAAGAUUAUAAUAAUGGUAAAGACAGUCCCUAUAAUCAAUUAUUGUCUACUUUAUCAACUGAUUAUGAUAAUUUAAAAAAUAAAUGUAACGGUAAUUCAUCCUUUCCAACUAUAGACAAACCAAAUAUUACUCCAAAAUGUCCUGAACAAACUUCUGAACAAAAUUCUGAACAAAUUCAUGUAAAUAUUUCUACAAAAAAUUCUGAACAAACUCAUGUAAAUAUUUCUACAAAAAAUUAUGAACAAAAUUUAAGUUCUGCAGUAAUUUCUGAAGAUGCACCAUUAAGUUCGUCGAUAACAAACAAAUUAAUUUCAGUUUUAUCGAUAUUUGGUGCAAUAGCAUUUCUUUUAGGAAUUUCUUAUAAGUAUUCGUUAUUUGGAUUUCGGAAACGAGAUAAAGAACAAUAUUUAAGAGAAAAAAUUAAAAAAGUAAAGAAGAAAAUGAAUCAUUAA